CAAAUGUAGCGCACUCAAGGUACAGGUUUUGAGCGCGUAAGCCACAAACAAAUUGCUACUCCGCGAGCGAACAAAGCUUCGGUUUUCUGCGUGUCGUUUGCCCAUAUUUAUGCGCUUUUUGGCGUAUCCCACCGGCAACAGUGUAGCCAGCCCCUUUCGGAAGCAUCUCGCUAGGAAGGCCCGAAAGCAAAACAACAAAACGACGCGAUGCCGCUGCUGAAGCGUAAACCGCUCCAGAAGGUCCCCGACCAGGAGCGGCUUAAGGACGGCGAUGAGGUGUUCGUGUGCGAGACCACGGGUGAGCUGUUCAGCGAUUACGACGAUUUCUUUAACCGCACGAUGCUGCUCUCGUCCACCGUGUGGAGCUGCGCGAUGACGGGGCGAUCCAAUCUGACGUACGCGGAUGCCCUUGAGAGUGAGAAAGCAGCCAAGCGAACGCUCAAAUCGUUUCCCACCGCACUGAAGGGUCCGAUCCUGCUGAUCGCCUCGCGCACCAAGCGCACCGCAAUUCACGAGCUCGCCAGCGAUGUGCACGGGUAUGCGAAGGACGUGUUCUUCAAGGGCGAAACCGUGUACACCAAGGCGGCCGACUCGGAAACGGUGCGGAAGGGUAAGAUCGUGCGCGUGGUGCUCGGCGAGCUGCCGAGCGACCACCAAAAUCCGUCCCGCUUGCUGUACCAGAUCGUGGGCAGCGAUGACGAAACGCCCGCCAGCUACACCGUGCGGGGUGAUGCCGUGACCCGCGAGCGCAACUGUCUGUCGCGGGAAAAAUGCAAGCUCUUCCUCAAACAGCACGUCGAGCUGGGGCCGGACCAGGUGCUGUGCGUGAAGAAAGCAUCGCUGGAACAGUUUGUCACCUCCAAGGGCUGCACGGACGAUAAGGUGUUCUACGGUCAGACGCCCGACUUUGGGGUGUCGAAGAAGCUGCUUGCAAAAGAAACGAUCACGUCCGGUAAGGGCGAGAGCAAGAAAAAGGGAGCAGUAGCAGCAAAAGCAGCAGCAGCAGGCGGUGAAAAGAAGGUGAAAACAAAGGAAGGCAAACCAAAGGGACCAAAGGGAAAGAAGGAAGGCGGCCUAAAGGAUGCAGGUGGCAAGAAACAGCAAAGCAUCGCGAAAUACAUGCAGCAAGCCACGCCGCAAGAGUUGGAAGCGUUGAGCAAGAAAAAGCUGGACGAAAAGAAUGCCCGCGCCGAGGAGAGGGAACGGCGAAAUGCACUGGCAAAGGAACGCAAAAUGACAGAAAGGAAGCUGCUGCUUUCGUACGGGGCAAUGGCGCGGAAGCAAUACGACUCUAUUCACGAGGACCAGGAGCUAAUGGAUCAGCGCGUAUUGCCUCCGGCACGGCCGGUGCAAACGCAGCUCGGUACGGAACAUUUCCCGAGCUUCAUGUUCAUUCUCGAGUUUCUGCACCAGUUUGGCGACAUACUCUCGAUCGAGGAAAAGUUCCCGGGCGGUGUCACGAUGGAGCAGCUCGAGCAGGCCCUGCUGAGCAGGGCAGUGAAUGGACCGCUGAGUGACAUCUUCCAGGUACUGCUGUGCACACUGUUUGCCGCGUUGAAGGAGUCACAUUCGUCCGAGGAAUCGAACCUGCCAUGGCCAACGCUGCGUGUAGUGAAGUGGUGCCGGAAACAUUUCGGCGCCAAGCUUACCGAUCUGCCCAUGGAUUCGACCACCGUUACCGAGCUACUGCGGCUGCACCUGGUAGCGUACGGGCAACCGAACCAUUUUGGCGACGCGUGCUUCACGCUGAUACGCGACCAUCCGCAGCUAAUGCGCACCCUGACAACGCACACCGUCUUUCAGCUGCCCACCGCGAUUGUGUUACAGGUUCUGUGCGCUCUCGUGCACCAGCUGCUGCAGCUCGACGAGGUGCUGGAGCGGGUAGAGAAGGUCGGGGAAGCUCGCGCCAAGUUCAAUAGCAAUCGGACGGCACAGCGACAGCUAGCGAAGCGGACCGCUUCGCUGAAGCAGGCGGCACAGGACGGCAUGACGCGAGAGAUGGCCUCGCUGAUGAUGGUCGGCGACCAGCCGGCCGACAGUGCCGAGGUGGAGAAGGGUCGCGCACGGUUGCAGCAGAAGCUGCAGGAAGAGCUGGCGCAGAUUGAGGCGGACGCGAGCAGACAGCUGGCGGAACUGCAGGACCAAUACGAGGGUCUGAACCUAAGCUACGGCCUGUACGAGGUGUAUCUGGGGUCGGAUCGUGCGUUCCGCAACUACUGGAAGUUUGAAUCGCUGCCCGGGUUGUUUGUGGAGCACGACGGAACGUUCGCAGGGUGCUGCUCGGAGCGCGUGACCCCGCAUCUGCCCGGUCUGGUGGCGUGUCAUCCGAAGCUGCGCAAAAAGUACAUCACCUAUGCGAUCCUGAAGUGUGCUGGCAAUAGCGACGGCUUGCUGGACGGCGUUCUCGCUGGCAGACAGGAGCAGAAGGAUUCGGACCUUUGCGUGCAGCUACUGGUGCGGGGCAUUGCACUGCAGGAAAAGGAGGAGGCGCGCAAAAAGAACCCAUUUUUGCUUGCUAAAGCAGGAGAAAACGCUUCCGUGGCGGAAGAUACAGCCGAUAACAAGAUGGAAAUCGAUGAACCGGACAGUAGUGUUCCUCCUCCGGCAGCACCACCCACUAACCGCGAGCUGUUGAUGUGUACCGGCGAUCCGGAGGAUUGUACUGUGCAUAUUGCAAGUCGUCAAACGGCCCCCGGAACAACCUGGAGCUACUACGCAACGGCCGACGAGCUGGAUGCGCUGAUUGCGAGCCUGAAUGAGCGCGGCUUGCGGGAAAAGUCGCUGCGCAUAACGCUCGAACAGUACCGCGAUGGUAUAGUCGAGCGGUUGAAAAAGUGUCCGAUCAAGAGCCUGUCCCACAGGCAGCCAUCGGAAGCUGCUCCGGCCAGGGCACAGCACAGACGGCAGUGCAGCGCAGAACCGGUACCACCGGAAGCGGUAACGAACGAAACGCUGGAGAUGAUGUUCCGUGACCAGCUGCUGGACAUGGAGGGACGCAUUCAUGCCGGCUGCUUGGGCGAACUGAAGGUGAACAGUAUUGAGAAGUGGCGUAUUGCGAUUCUGAACCGUUCGUACGAUGCGCAGAUCACUGGCCAGCUGCAGUGGGGCGUAAGGCGUCGCCAACGGCUGGAGGAGAUGUACGAAAAGUUGGACGUGGAAGACUCUUCCAGCGAAGAUUCGGGCGUGGAAGAGACCGAGGUGGCGGACGAGAUCAAUUUGGCGAAGCUCCGUGCACGCGAUCCGGGCUACGCGGACCUAUAUAGCGCGGAACGCUCCGAAAAUGGGACAGACGGCAUGGCGCUGGCAGAAACUUCGGACGAAAUCCAACGCACUGUACAUUCGUUGGCUUGCGCGUUGCUCCAGGUGGCGCAAAGUAUUGAGCCCAAGUUCUUGCGCCACCCGUUCGGACCGAAGGGACGCUGCAAGGAUCGGAAUACGGUCGCGAUGAUGCAAUUUCGCGGCCAAAAGCGGCUGCUCGAUUGGGAAGGUUCGCUGAUGCGGGCGACCUCCUACUCGCAACUCUUUCUCCACUAUCACAUACUGUACGAUGCGCUCUACUGGUCGCGCUCGAUCGAGCGGGCCGUAUGCAUGGUGUGCCGACGGAAGGGUGACGCCAACCUGACGCUGCUGUGCGACGAGUGUAACCGGGCCUGCCACAUGUACUGCCUCAAGCCGAAGCUGAAGAAGGUCCCCGAGGGCGAUUGGUUCUGUAAGAUGUGCCGCCCGUCGGACGACGCGGGCAUCGUCUCUAGGAAGCGCACACAAACCAUCGAAGAUCUCGAUUUGGACUCCGACAACGACUCGUCGGCUGAAGCGACCAACGAAAGCGAAGAUGAUGACGAGGAAGAGAAGGAGGAGGGCGAGGAGGAGGAGGACGAGUUAGUGAUGGAAUCGGAGGACAGCACCACAAGUGAGUCGGAAAAUGAGGCAAGUGAUGAGGCAACAGACACGGAGGAAGCAUUCGAGGAGCAACCCAAAAUUGUGCUGAAAACACCCCGUGCCAAAACGAACAAGAAACAGGAGGCAACGGCAGCGGUGGCGGCGCCGGCCGCGGCUGACAAGCAGGCUUCUCGUGGUGCGCGGGCCGCAGCUCGCAAGCAGGAGCAGGAGAGUGCCGCACGCAAAUCGUCCCGAAAUUCGACCGCCGCCAAACGGGCGCGGCUUUCCGAUGGGCGGGAGUCGAGCGAAAAGAAGACACCGGCGGUGGUGGAGAGGAGUAGCCGAGGCUCGAGCACUGGCCGUAGAUCGACGAGACUUUCCGGGCGUGGAGGAGGUGAAACGUAAAUCGGUGUGCAUGUGUGUGGGUGCAUUUUUUUAGAUACAUUAUUCCAUAGCGCGGAGGAUAGACAUUGCAUUAACAAAUGGUAAUUGUUCUAGUUUUUUAUAUGAGUAACGCCUGAAACAAAUCGAUUUUUAUCCCAGCGACAUAAACUUUUUUUUUAUUUUAAACAUUUAAUUCUUUAAAAUAGGCAAUAAAUG